AUGCGUCGAGGGGGAAUCGAACCCCCGGCUCCCCGACGCUGCUUUAUGGCAACGGAGAAUUUUACCACUAAACCAUCGACGCUUGUGGCUCGGAACGGCGUCGUGUGUCCCGGUUACGAGGACAAGAAGCCGUUGGUAUGGCUUGCCCCUGGCAAGGUCAAGACCCGGACGUGGAAACGGAAAAGCCCGCCUGCCAACAAGAAGAAAGACGACGAUCCAUCGAAGGAGGGUACAAAAGGGCAGAGCGGGUCAGAACUUGCAAUGGCAGUGAGGUCCAAGGUAUCGGGUACUUGUACCGACCACCUCGUGCACCUAUUUCCCGGUCACGAAUUGAGAGAUGAGACUUGUGACAUUAUUGAGGCUACACUUUACUGGAACGAGCAGAUCUACCCGUUCUUUGCAGCGAAUCAGUUGACCAACAGCCCCUGGCUUGUACCCGUGUCGUACAUCCAGUAUAUGGGAGAUACUAUCCAACACACUCUCGUUGCCAUGGCCAUCAACCACCGCUUGCUGAGCUUGUCUAAGAGGAAAAACGACUUGCAUCAAGCAGAAGUCACGGCCCGAUUCCAUCAGCAUCGAUGUACCGCAAUUCAAGCUUUGAACAGAGAGAUCAGCCACCAAAAUGAACAGAGAAGAAUCUCUGACUACACGAUGGCGGCGGUGAUUGUGUUCUUAUACGCAGAUCUUAUGGGAUCAUUGACGGCUUCCAACUGGCGGCACCAUCUCAACGGAUUCAUGGCCAUCAUCGAGAUGCGAGGUGGCCUAAGAAGUGUUUGCGACGCUGCGCCAGGCUACAAAACUGUAAUCCUAUUCUGCAAGAUCAUCGAAAACUUGGCAAACUCAACAAGCCCGGCAUACGACCAAGUAUCACCGCUGCUCAAUUUCGAAAUGAGAGAUCUCACCCAAGAAAUCUACGAAACAGGAUAUUACCCCUUCCUCCCCUGCCCCGUACAACUCUUCAUCGACAUCAUAUGCGUCAACCGUCUCCGGUACCUUGCAACGCAACCAGAGUCGUCAGACACGCUAGACUCUCUCCAGACAGAAGCCGAGGACCUCCUCGAGCGUAUCAUAGACUUCUCUCCCGAAACUUGGUCCGCUACCAAGAUGGAAUCGCAAGAGCAAUUCUUGACAAUGGCACAGGUGUAUCAGUCCGCCGCCGUCGUCUUUACCAUCACUUCCCUGCAGAGCGUUUGCGUGAUACCCGCAUCCGCGGGUUGGCGGGCCGUGAAGACGAUACAUGGCAGCAAGCUCACGACCCUCCUCGAGCAGGCUGCCGGGUCCCAGGUCCUGAGGAGCUGCGUCAUGUGGCCGAUGAUUGUUGCUGGGUUCGAGGCGAAGACGGGGAGCGCGGCGGCAAGGUCGUUUAUUGCUAAGCGUUUAGCUGAUGAGAGUGUACACCUUGGUGCGUAUUUGCCUCUGGCGACGAAGGAGAUUCUAGAGAAGUUUUGGUCGUCUGGGAAGAAAGACUGGGAUGAGUGUUUCGAUACCCCUUAUGCCCUAGUUACUUAA